CAUUUAGCAUUACAUUUUGCCCCCUUGGGUUCUAGAGUUCCGAGAUCACAUGAUAGAGUAAACAUGGCGGCGGCGGCGGCCUCCAUCCCCAAAACCCUAACGAAGUUCCGCCCUCUUGGAGCUGGUGAUCACCUCUUUUACCUUUCAAGGCAUAAGCUUAGGUUUGGGCUCCCGCAAGCCUUCUCUAACUCUGCUUCUGAACUUGCUUCUUCGACCGAGGGAAAGUCACAGAAAGGAUCGAGAUUUUUGGCGAAAUGGUUGUUGUUUCUGCCUGGAGCUAUCACUUUUGGUCUUGGUACUUGGCAAAUUUUUCGAAGGCAAGAUAAGAUAAAAAUGUUGGAAUAUAGACAGAAGAGGUUGGAAGCUGAACCUUUGAAGUUAAACAUCUCAUCGCCUUCAACUGUUAAUGCGGAUUCUCUGGAGUUUCGGAGGGUGAUAUGCAAAGGACUUUUUGAUGAGGAAAAAUCAGUGUAUGUUGGUCCACGUUCUAGAAGCAUUUCUGGAGUGACUGAGAAUGGCUACUAUGUCAUAACGCCUCUAAUGCCUAUCCCCAACAACCCAGAGAGUGUGCAGUCUCCUGUCCUGGUCAAUAGAGGAUGGGUGCCGCGUAGUUGGAGGGACAAGUCUUUGGAAGAUUCACAAGACCAUGAACGGCCUUCAAAUAUAGCACCCUCCUCUGUCCAACAAAAGGAAAGAAGUUCUUGGUGGAGGUUUUGGUCAAAGAGGCCUAUGAUGGAUCAAGCCCCUGCUGUUGUCCCUGUAGAAGUUGUUGGAGUAAUUCGUAGAAGUGAGAAACCUAGCAUAUUUGUACCAGCAAACGAUCCAAGCUCUUGCCAGUGGUUCUAUGUUGAUGUUCCUGCAAUUGCUCGUGCUUCCGGACUUCCUGAGAACACUAUAUACGUUGAGGACAUCAAUGAAAAUGUCAAUCCAAGCAACCCUUACCCUGUUCCAAAGGAUGUCAAUACCUUGAUUCGCAGUUCAGUGAUGCCACAGGACCAUCUCAAUUAUACAUUGACCUGGUAUUCUCUAUCUGCUGCUGUAACAUUUAUGGCUUACAAGAGACUGGCACCAAAAAAGACCCGGAGGUAGCAACUCUUUACUAUAAGAUGGCCUUUACUAAUCAAUUUGUCAUUUUUUGUUGCAUAACAAGUUUUGUUCAGAAGAAAUUUUAUCAGCCUGGUUUUUAAUACACAGUAUAGUUUUGCAAUUCGACUAUUAUUGUUGAUACAAUCACAAUGGCAAUGAAUUUAUACUUGAAGGAAA